AUGUCAAGUCUAUACAUUAAAACACCGCUACAUGCAUUAUCUGCUGGUCCAGAAUCUCAUGCAAAUGGCUCUUAUUAUGAUGAUCUGUUACUGCCUUCGUUUUCCAACCUAUCUGGUAGCAGUAAUAAGAAUAACGUCACUGAAAAUAACGUAAAUUCAGCUAGUCCUAGGAAAUACUCCUUUCAUUCGCUCAAUGUAUCGCCAAUUUUACCUCCUAUGUCUUUAACUAACGAGAUACUUGGAAAGAAAUCAAAUACUGCGCCUGCCUCGCCACAUCAUAUGGCUUAUAAUCCAAUUUCCUCAUUAACGCCAGGCAAUUCACCAGAGUUUAACAAGGCAAGUUUAUCUCAAAUCAGUUUUACUAAUCCGUUGAAUUAUGGCUCUGGUUUAGGACUUUCUUCCCAUUCACAAUUUCGGUUGCCAUUGCUGGACAGGUUAUCAUCGGUGUCAUUAUCUAAGAGAUCAGAACAUCCGCAACAAAUUCUACCAUCAUUGAGGCAUCUACAACUAUUACCCAGUCCCCUCCUACAAGAUAAUGCAGCACGUUUCCCUGAUACAUCACAACGUACGUCUAAUUGGAAGGCCGAUCUUACUCAUUGGUGUAAGGAUACAAAUUAUCAAGAUUAUGUUAAAAUACGCGAAGAACUGGCUCAUUUCAAGCCAUUAAGUAUACCAAACUUAACUAAUCAAAUUAAUGAUGGCUCGAAACCCUCUAAAAGCCUUCAUGGCGAAUUAGAACCAACCGAGACAUUCAAGUCUCAAUCACCGGUUAAUUAUACAUUUGCUCGUACCAAACUUAUUCCUUCAAUUCUAGAAGCAAAAGAUCAAUUUAAAGAUCUUUCCAAUAAUGCAUGGAGUAUUACUCCUCCUGUCACCCCGCCAAUGAGUCCACCGACCAACAGAACCAUGGAACGCACAACAUUUAAAGGGGCAGGUGCUUCUUUUCCUGCAGGAAAAUUCAGCAAUAGUGAGUCGAUAUUUAAUCCCAUUAUUAGUGAAAAGUUAGUUCAAGAAGUUAAACAACAGAGACAACUAAGGGCAGGAUCAUUCUUCACACCAACUACCAGUCACAAGAAAACGAACAGUUUUAAAGCCUUACAAAUAAAAAAAUUGCUUGCAAAUAGAGACAUUCUAUCGAAUAAUUCCAAAUCAUGUAUAGGAAAACCAUCUAAGAACAAAAUCUCAAAGCAAGGAUCAAACAAUUUCGGAAAGACAGCGAGACAAUUGGUUAUGAAACUCGACAAUCCUAGUUACAGCUCUGUUUCUGCAUCUUCAUCACCACCUCCUUCCACACCAACGAAAAACGGCAAGGCGAGAUCAAGGUCAUCUUCACCUGUGCGUCCCAAGACAUACACUCCGAGUCCCAGAUCACCCAAUUAUCAUAGAUUUGCUCUCGAUUCCCCCCCACAAAGUCCUCGAAGGUCAUCAAAUUCAAGCAUAACGAAAAAGGGGAGCAGAAGAUCUAGUGGUUCAUCGCCCAUUCGCCACCACGCGAGAGUAUGUGUAUCAUGUAAUUCUAGUGAUUCACCUUGUUGGAGGCCAUCCUGGUCACCACGAAAGCAAGACCAACUCUGUAACUCUUGCGGCCUGCGAUAUAAGAAAACGCAUACAAGAUGUUUGAACGAUUUAUGUCGGAAGAUCCCCACAAAGGGUGAAAUAAACAUUAUGAAAUCUAACGGAAUAGAUAAGGAAUUCGUUCCCGAACGCAAUUGCGAAAUUGAAGGGUUUCGAUGCUUAUUCUGUAAUUAUAUAACUGAAACUGUAGAGAAUUGA